GCGGGAGCCAGUGGCGCGGAGUUUGGGUUGGAAACUGACGAGAAGCUCCGCGAGCGUCGCCCCGGAGACCGGGACCUCAGGGUGACCGCAGCUCAGGCCUCGCCGCCUGGGACCCGGGAGGCGCCGCGCCUUUGUUCUGCUGCUCAACCCCGAGUCAGGCCUGAGAUCCCCGGCCUGGAGUUACAGUCAGUGCGGGAGCCGAGGCUGCUUUCCCGGAAUGGCUCAAGAUGUGAUGGAUGUGGACAUGCAGUUGGAGGAUGACGUUGCUUUACUUCCCAGCACUGACCAGCCCAGUCUCCAGCGCCCAGUCGCUGGGCCCUCAGCGCUCAUCCCCGCUGGCGUGCCCGCCGACCAGGAAAGCGAGGCGGAGCCCGCGACCCCGGCCGCUCCCCCCAACCCUCGUCUGGAAGCAGUCCUGCUCACUGAGGAACUGCAGAGGCUGCAAGGGGCCCUGCAGUCAGUCGCUCAACAUCUGUCCCUCGGGCAGAGAGCUGGGCAGCAGCGUAGGAGGAACAGCCGCCGGCAGCCAAGAGUACGUCAUUCCCAGAGAGCAGCAACAGCCAAUGCGAGGACUGUCUCCUUGGACAACUACUUCCGGGUUAACCAACCCCGAGCCACGCCAUCAGUCAGUCAGGUUCAACUUGGAGAUGAGGAGAUGAACAGCAGCAUCAAUAAUUCCAGCUCAGACCCAAGCACGGAUUUCAGUGAAACGGAGGAGAGCGGCAGCACAACGGAGAUAGAGGACGAGGGGGAGACAGCAGGAGCUCCAUCAACGGGUGCUUCAGCUUCUGCUGUUGCUCUGGUCCAGACCAUCCUGACCCCAGCACAGAGUACAGAGGAUGAAGAUUCCCGGUCUCUCCUUCAGGACCAGGAAACCCAGGGGUCACACACAGAGGAGUCUUCACAUGUGAAGCAUGAUGCGCCAAGUAGCAAGAUCACCAGGUCUGCAUCUGAUGAUGAAGGAGAUACCUGCUCCAUCUGCUUUGAGCCAUGGACUAAUGCGGGCAAUCACCGUCUUGCUGCCCUGAAGUGCGGCCAUCUUUUUGGCUUCACCUGCAUUGACCGGUGGCUGAAAGGCCAAGGAGGAAAAUGUCCUCAGUGUAAUAAGAAAGCCAAGCGCUCAGACGUAGUGCUGCUGUACGCUCGAGUGCUGAAAGCCGUGGACACCAGUGAGCAGGAGCGCUUGAAGAGUGAUCUGGAGAAGGAGCAGAUGUUACGACGGAAGGCAGAGCUGGAAUCCGCACAGUGUCGUCUCCACCUGCAGGUCGUGUCAGACAAGUGCACCAAGUUACACAAGCAGCUGCAGCAGCUGAAAUCUUUGGUGGCACAGCGUGGCUCUAGCAGUUCGCAGGCCUCCUUGAGCUCCAGUAACCCGCUGACUGGUCACAUCAGCAGCAGCCAGAGCCAGUGCAAGUACCAGUUUGAGAAAGGCAUCAUGAUCUCGCAGAGCGGCAACUGCCGGGUCAUGACUUACUGCGCUUCCAUGGGCUGCCUCGUCAUCUCCCAGCCUUCUCCUCAGACCGCUCUCCUACCCGGGUGUGGAGUGAAAAAAAUCAGCUCUACGAAUUUCCGCAGCGUGCAGUAUGUUCCCAUCCACACUAAGCAGAUCCGAAGCUUGGCGUUCAGUGACAGGGACAGCAUCCUCCUCUCAGCAUCACUGGACAACACCAUCAAACUGACCAGCCUGUUGGCCAACACUGUGGUGCAGACAUACAACACUGGCCGCCCUGUGUGGAGCUGCUGCUGGAGCUCCGACAACACGAACUACAUUUACGCCGGCCUGAUCAACGGCUCCAUUUUGGUGUAUGACAUGAGGGACACCAGCACUCACGUUCAGGAGCUCCCAUCACAAGGGUCCAGGUGUCCUGUGACGUCGCUGUCCUACCUCCCGCGCAUGGCCUCUGCAGCGUUUCCGUGUGGCGGGCUGUUGGCUGGGACCCUGGAGGGCGGCUGCUUCUGGGAGCAGAAAUCCUCAGACACGUACAAGGCCCACCUGUUGCCUCUGGAGGCCGGGAGCUGCACAGAUAUCCAGGUCGAACCCACAUUACGGCAUUGUCUCGUCACAUACAGGCCAGGAAAGACCCACACCUCUUUACGGUGUGUGUUGAUGGAGUUAUCGAGCAGUCCCUUACCGAACUCCCUCGAGGAUCUGAUCUGCACGUGUUACCCCAUCCAGACAUUCAGCGCUGGCUCCACCUGCAAACUGCUGACCAAAAAUGCCAUCUUCAACAACCCCGAGCAGGACGGCAGCAUCCUGGUGUGUGCUGGGGAUGAGGCCACAAACAGGGCCAUGGUAUGGGAUGCUGGAAGUGGCUGCCUGCUUCAGAAGCUGCAGGCUGACCAGCCUGUUUUGGACAUCUGUCCCUUUGAAGCCAAUCAGACCAGUUUCCUCGGAACCCUGACAGAAAAAAUGGUCAAGAUCUACAAAUGGGCCUAGAUGGGCUGCCUCCAUCCGCCUGUGCUGGCAUUGUUCAACGUGACAGGCCUGGCAACCAAGGGCCAAGCUGUACGAGUAUUCCUGAGCUGCACUCGAGGGGAUUGAAAUCAAAUCUGCGGACCUCUUAAACAGGAUCAUCUGCUUAUCGCGUGCACUCUGUUUGCUGCUGAUUUUCCCGACUGUAACCUCGGAAUCAUCCUUCAUUCUUUUUAUUUUAAAAAUAUCAUUUCUUGUUUCAAAGCAGCUGCUGCUCA